CCCCAGCAGCCGUCUCAGGUCUCAAGUCCUAUCCCAGCAUGGCGCCCACACAGAUGUCCCUUGUUUGCUUGGCGCUGGCCGCCCUGGUCGCGCCGCUGUGCGCCGAGCCGCCGUCCAGCUACCUGCCCCCGGCGAGGGGCGGGUUUGGGGGCGGCGCCAACCGGCCGUCGUCCAGCUACGGGGCGCCGUCCUCGUCCUAUGGAGCGCCCAGCGGUGGCGGCGGCGGCUACGACGACCAGUCGGAGCCGGCCAAAUACGACUUCAUGUACGAGGUGGACGCCCCCGAGUACGGCACCCAGUUCGGCCACCAGGAGAGCCGGGACGGCGACGUCGCCCAGGGCAGCUACCACGUCCUGCUGCCCGACGGCCGCAUGCAGACCGUCCAGUACGUCGCCGACGCUAACGGCUACCGUCCGCAGGUGUCGUACCAGGGCACCGCCAGGCCCGGCGGCGGCGGCGGCUACGGCGGUGGCGGCAACGGUGGCUUUGGCGGCUACCCCAGCGGCGGCCCGGGCGGCAACGGCGGCUACCGGUACUAGGCCAGCGUCAACGGCCAACGCCAACGCCCGACGUGACGGCCGCCACCGGGACCGCGGCUCCAGUGGCGAACACCUGCCCCGUCAGCAGCGGACCCGGGAGCGACCGAGACGAGACCAGCACUCGACGACCAACAGGGCAGGGCAGCGUGGUGACCCCACCAGCAACCUUCUCCACACUGCCCUGCCUCGCCACACCACAACGACAACGAAAGGGACCCAACGACAGCACACCUGCCAAAGCGCCUUGUCUGUGAAAUAGCAUUAGUCAAUUAGUAACAAAGCAUUAAUAAAGCAAGACCGAUGCCAUGACAUCCAAA